ACCCAACUCACACCUCUAACUCUACCAAAUCAUUUCCAGAAAUCGAAAUCACAAACAGCUCCAAGCCAAACCCAGAACGCGCCUACUUCCUUUCGCGAGGUUUUCACUAUAUUCUACGUCGAAAAAAAAAAAUUUAAAUUUUUAGGGUUUCGCGAGCUCGAAUUUUUUCACUCGAUCCAACUCUUUGAUUCAGCAUUCAGUCAUAUAAUUUGAAAACAACUACGGUAAUUCUACACAAUGCCUAGGUAUUAUUGUGACUACUGUGACACUUACUUGACGCAUGAUUCUCCAUCUGUGAGGAAGCAACAUAAUGCUGGUUACAAACAUAAGGCAAAUGUGCGAAGUUAUUAUCAGCAAUUUGAGGAGCAACAAACACAAAGUUUGAUUGAUCAGAGAAUCAAGGAGCAUCUUAGUGGCCAAGGUGCAUUUCAAAUUGGUGCUACUUAUGCGGCCUGGAGACCUGGUGUUAGGCCACCUAUUCUCCCUGCACCAUUGCCGAUUCCAGGUUCUGUUCCUCCUAAUGGUCCAAUGGCUCCAGGGAUUAGGCUACCCAUGUUGCCUAGACCUGCUGGCAUGCCAGUUUAUGGGACAGCUCCAGGUGCAACACCAUAUCUAGGACAACCAGGUGCUCCUGGUGCACCCGUGCAACCAAAUGGUCUGCCUGGGCCACCUCCUAUGACUGCCGCUACAUCAGUACCAGGAGCUCCACCUCCUGUUACCAAUGGUGCUCCUCCUACUGCAUCACAGCCUGGGUUCCAAAAUGCCCCUGCUGGUGGGAGCUUUGGUGGUGCAAGUACGCCUACAGGGCCAAGCUUCCCAUCUGGUGGAAAUGCUUCUUACCCUCCAUCUUCAGGUGCUGAUGGCUUUAAUUAUGCUCAAGCCCCUAACAGCAAUCGUUAGUUCUAUUGAAAUGGACAUAUCCAGUACGAGGUGCAUUUUAUCCAAGGCUGUAGAGGUCAAACUCCGUCGCAUGAUGUUCUGAAUUCCUGAUAAGAAGAUUACCCGUUAACUUUUAGGAUGCGGAAAGGAACUGGCAUUAUCUGCUGUAGUAUAGUUUUGUUCUAAACUAAUUUAAGGUGGCAUGCAAUAUAUGGAGUGGUUAGAACAAUAUGUUUUGGUUCUUUAUAUUGCUCUGCUUCAUAAUGAGUGACUGUUUAGAAAUUGCUUUCGGCCACGAAUUGCAGCUUGAACAUAAUAAUAUAAAGAUCAAAGUAAUCAAACCAACCUUUUUAAA